GGAACUAUGCAGAAGGGGGAGGGACAAAGGAGGGGGCUCCGAGGAUUGCUAAACAAGCUUUUCGGGAUUCUUGACUGCUUACUAGAACUCGACGCUUGGUGAAAACAAACUUUGAUCGAAGUAUUGGCCUGGGAAAAUGACGUAAUAAACGAAUGUGCCAGGACGUCGCGUUGGUCGGGAAACACUGCGAUGCUUCAGCUCGGAAGCCUGUUGACCCGGUUUCAGGUCGGCGGCUGCUCGGCUCCAGAGAGUUCAAAAGGCCAGAAAGUGCAGCAAACACUGACGGACGUCCUUCAGCAUGUCAGGAAACUCACCGGGCUGAGGAAGGAGCACGUCUAUUGCAAUCUGCGGAUCCCCGACCAGUGUCAAGUUGUCAAGGAUGACAUUGACAUUGUGAUACUCACAGGCCGAGGGAUCUUCUGCAUUGACAUAAAACCCUGGCGAGGCCUGGUGUCCGCUCACGACCGAAAGUGGCACGUUCAAGUGAAGGAAAAAGAUCAGAACUUUAGCAACACUUGCAUCGAACAGAUGGAGGACCCCCUCAAAGCCAUCACGUUGAAGACGUCUCACUUGUGCGGCCAUCUGAGGCGGAGUGGCGUGCCCGUGCAUCAGUCUCUCUUCUUCCCCCGGGCGGUCUUCCCGUCGCCGGAAUGCGAGCUCGCCGAGGGGCUCCGGGUGCGGCGCGAGCUGGUGUCGCACGACCAGGUAGACCACUUCCUGCGAUCCUUCAGGGAGGACUACGUGGCCUGGAUGUUGGACGCGCUGACUCCCUCCUGGCUCUCUGGUCAUCUAUCGUACGGGCAGAUGGCGUCGGUGCAGAAGGUCCUGAGGCGCUCGCCGACGUGGGAUUUCAUGUGGCUUCGCGGCGGCGUGCAGCUCAAGGGCGACUUCCGGGGCUGUUGCUACAUCGCGCCGGACCGCAGCGAGACCGACACGCUGGAGUUCUCUGGGCUCAAGACAAUGUGGGCCCUGCUGGGACGCGCCCCUCAGGUGACUGUCAAAAUGUACAAGCGUGGCUCGAACGGAUGGUUGGGCAAGACGCUGACCGCCAAUGCAACCGUUCCCUCCGACACCUUGGUGGUCUUCCGGGUCAGCGGCGAGAAAGCGGACACCAAAUUCUCGGCCAACGCCAUCCACAGCAUCACGCUCAGCAUAUAAGAAGUCGUAGUAACGCAAAUGGUUGACUUUAACUAAGAACAUAGCCCUGAGUGCCUUUUUACGAUUCUGUUAUACUGUAAACACUUUAUGUAAGAAAAGACAAUGUUUUAUUAAUAUAAUCUGCAGUGGCAAUAUUACAGUUGUUUUUUUCGCUUGAGUUUAAUUAAUUCACCAGCAUGUCGGCGGUUUGGUUAAAGUGUUUUAUGAUCAGUCUGCAAGUUCAUUUGAGGCACGACUGUAACCGUCCUAAUCACUUAGCGGGCAAACACUAACAGCGCAUGUACUUCGAGUCAACAUGAUUAAGUGAGGAUUUUGUGAAAGGUCAUAAGCCCCUUUUCAUGCUGCCUUCUCGGAAAAAAAACAGAAGAUAGUUCAGACACAACUUGCUGAAGUGUAAGUUCACACAACCGUUGCGGCUUCACGUAUUCAGAUACCUGGGGUAGAGAGAACUGCUUUCAACACAGGCACAGCCAGUGAUUCUCAAAACUUCACUUACCAGCUAACAUUUAACCUCCUCUGAUACUCGGCGAAAGCCAGCAAACUUGCGGGCAGACUUAAACUACCCCCAUCCCACAUUAGUGCAGAACAACAGCGAUUCCCAAAAACACAAAUUAGUGUGCCAUAGAUUAUCAAGUGUGCUGCAAAACUUAAUUGAUCAGCGUGGAUUAUUUUCAACAAAUAUGGUAUCUUCGUUCAUCUGUCGAUGCCGGCGACGAUUUUUCGAAUGCAAAAUGUGCCUUGGCUUAAAAGUUGGGAAACACUGUCACAUACUCAGGACAGCAGGCCCAUGAGUUCUUGUUAGACAUCCUUGGGUCCCUUGAAAGAUGCUGUAUUAAUUUCAGACAUUAUUAUUAAAAAGGAUCAUAGCUAGCUAGUGUAAAAUGAGCUACAGGCGCAAUAUUGUUUGAAACUAUUUUUAGUAACGCGACCUUUGCAUGAGCUACUGUAUGUGUGAAUAUGCUAACCCAAGUAGCGAGAGACUCCAAAAGAAAAUGAAACAUUUUAAUUGUGACAAUACAACAUAGUUAAGUGAGGUCGUACUAUACAGUGUUUACUUUUUUGUAUUCUGAAAGAUUCAACCGGUCUCGAGUAUUAGGAUCACACAAUGUAAAGUUAAAGGUCGAAAUUCUAGGUGUAAAAAGUCAGUAAUGAGAAUACAGUCGUAAUGUUACACUGAAAAACGUUAUGAGAAUAAAUUAAGACAUAAAUACUACAAUUAUUAAAGUAAAUACUAUUGCAAGAAACAUAAGAACAUUCGUAAUGUUAGUUUGUUGUGUUGAAUAAAAACAUUUCACCAAAAAGGAACAAAGUUAAAGAUAAAAGCUAGAUACUGAAGUUGUACAGUUAUCAGAAUAAAGUGGUAAUACUACAAACAUGUUAAUUGUAGAUACGAGAAUAAAGUUGAAAAUGAACUAUUAAAAAAAAAAAAGUCAGAAGUUAUAAUUAAAUAAAGCUGUCAUUUUUACAAAGUACAAACCUGUUAAAUUCCAAUUCCACAAUUUUUUUAAUUCCAAAAUAAACAGUGGUAACAACUAAGAGGUUUUUGGAAACAUGAGCCGUUACUCAGCCUAUGUUUUGGGCUUGAGCUGCGAGCGAAAACUGAAGCGCCUAAUGGGUUUUUAAAUAAAAAAAUAAAAACUUCCAUAACGAGCCCAAGUCAAGCUGUUUAUUGCAAUUUGAAUUAAACUCUUAAGGCAUCAUUGUAUUGAAAAAUGAACUCAUGUUGGGGGGGAAGUUACAAGGAAAAAAAUUAAUAAAAAGUCUUAGGAUAAAUAGAGUUGCGAGAAUAAAGGUGUAAUGUUAGAAUAAAAAAAGUUGCAUCCCCCAAGACUAAAAUAUUUAAUAUUAAUGAGUGAAUCAUCUACACAUAUUUUCCAGUGUUUUGAAGUGAAUUUGUUUGACAUUGUCUGCUCUUCUACCUGUAUCUAAGCAGGGACAAAUCCAUGCUAUUGAAUCUAUUUCACAUUUUUUAUGCGCAAAAAGCAUCUGAGUGCUCACCCAGCAAAUCAAUGACAAAAACUGAACACUUUCAUAAAUAAUGUCAUUAUCAGACGUGAUAAAUUUAGGGGGGAAGAGUAUGUUUGUGUGUGUGUUGACGCCGAUGCAGAUUAAGCGGACUAAUGCACGUACACAGAUCAAUGUGGCGGCGUGCUGAUGUUUUGUGCCACUAAUUGGUUGCUGUCCACACAUAAUUAUUGAUGCCCCGGGUGUAUUUAGUGGACGGCUUUUGUGACGCCGUUGAUACGAUGCUGGAGGCCAUUGUUCAUCACAGUUUACCCAUAAUCUGACAUUGUGCUGGAGGUCAGAGAACAGUUUAUAAAACUUUUUUUUUGGUUGACUUGUAUUGUUAUUUAACCUUUAUUUCGCCAGCCAGUUAAGGCAAUUUAGAACAGAUUCUCAUUUGCAAUGCUGACCUGGCAGCAGACAAUAACUAUCAGUCACUCAAAAGGCAUCAUGGAGUCAUUGGGUUAAUAGAUAAAUCGAGAUAUGCUACGUGUAAAUUUUGCCAUUUCGAAAUUAGACAGUUCAUUAUAAAAAGGUAAAAAUUUGUACCAUUUUGUCUGUCAAAGCACCAUAAAUGCCAUUUCAUAUUAGGCUCUGAUCCAAUCAGACAUCCACUAUCACAGGAAUGACUGUAGCUAAAGCCAGCUAAUCAUUUCCAGGAUGCAGCGGAGGCCAAUUGAGCCAUUACGCCACUUAAAUAGAAUCAUUGACUGUAUAUCUCAAUCUUCUCUGCUGCUUUGGCCGAAGGGCCUCGCAAAUUCUAUUAGGCGCAAUUGAAAAUCCAAACUGGAGGAGGAAGAAGAAAUUGGCUGCUGUUGCCCGUUUUGUUCUGUAUCUCAAUGAUCUACAACGGCGCAUCAUCAUCAUUAUUUUUGGUGCAAGUUGCGCCCCCCUCCCCCAAGCCUACCGGACACAGACUGUUGUGAUUACUUCGUCAAUAAAACAAGAUCUGUUUAGUCUGCUGAUGUCUUAUCAGCGUCAGGCCACCAUCUGGGUUAAGCGGAAGGUCCGCCACACACCAGAGAAAAGACCUCAAAACAACCCAAGGAAA